AUGACGACGACCACCACCUUCCAAGGAGUGGAACCCGGUGCCAAAAGCAGUUCCAGAGUUCUCCGACCGCCAGGCGGCGCCUCCAGCUUCUCCUUCGGGUCAGACGAAAACACCACCCCUCAGCGCAAGAACAAGAUGGCCUCCAGCAUAUUCGCAGAACCCGACGACCCCCAUGCUCACCGGAGGAACAACCCACCCAGUGCCAACGACGCCGCCGUAGGGACCCUGUGCGGGGAGCCUUCGGCCCCAUUGAGACGGUGCCAGCAGCCCAUUCUGUUCCCCAAAAACCCUCAGCCGGAGCUUACCACCAUCCACAACUCUGGAGCCGCUUUGGUGUGGAACCAAAGACAAGAGGAAGAUAAUGGCCAAGAACAAGCAAACAACGAGUGUGCUGACAACGGGGAGGUGGAGCCAGAGGAGCAGGAGGCGCCACAGCAGCCUGCCCCGUCGGGGAAUGCCAACACCACUGCGGGCGGCCGGAGAAACCCACCCGGUGGCAAGUCCAGUCUCAUCCUGGGUUGA